GGCCAUUUUAAAAUAAACUGCGUGUCGUUCUAACUGCACAAAAACGAUGCGGGCUUUUCACUUUCCCGCCACACAAGAAGCCACUCGAAUCGAGACCCUUACCGAUACGAGAGCAUAAUCUUCUCUUUCCUUUCGGCGAUGACGGCCAAGCGAAACCGUAAGAAGCCAUGUAAGGUCUCAGAUCCAGUCAGCUUAUUUCGGUCCCUUGCUUCAGCUAUCGCUUCCGCUCAGGUUUCUAAGCAGCCAAUCUUGAGACGCCUGUUGUACAUUCUGGGUCAAUUAUCACUAACUCAACCAAUAAGCUGGGAGGUCGCCUCGCACUAUUGGAAUAUUGAGCAAGUGGAAUUGAUCAAAUUCGAUGAUGUUUGUAACCUCUCUGAUGCUUUGUUCACGGAGCUUGAUACGAGUUUCGAGAACAUUUUCUCCACUUUACUCAAAGGGAACGCUGAAACUUGCCCCACAUCUGCAGCUGUGGAAUUAGCCAUUCUGUUCUUAAGAUGCUGUGUAAAGAUCGUGACUUUACUUUUGCCCAGACAAGACCUGGUUUUCAUGAAUGAGAUAUUGGUGAAUAAGUCAGUCAGAGAUGUGCUUUUCCUUGUCGAUUCUGCAUCCUCCUCGUGUAGACUGUUCAGUAAGCAUGACAGGGCCGGUGUGGUGGAAAUGGUUUCUGCACAUUUUAUCAUCUCAGCUUCUGACGAGAAAACGAAUAGAAUGUGUGCUGAGAGAUUAUGCUGUGAUGCGUUUACACCUACUCAGAUAAGCCUGUGUGCUGCCAUGUCCUUGCUGCAAAACCCGGUGAUUUCCUCUGCGCCGAGAAUGAUUCAUGCCUAUGUGGUUUUAUUGGUCUCUGACGCCAUCGGUGCUUGUUCGCCUCCAUGUGUUAAGGGACCAGACCUUCAGUUUAUUGAUAGCUAUAUUGAUGCGUUCGAAAAGUCUGUUGCUUUGUACACGAUGAACAUGUGUAAGGGUGAGAAUGCCCCAUCUGGUCGGGUGGCUUUUGAGCAUCUUCUUUUGCCCUCGACACUGGAAAAAGUUAAACGUCUCACACUGAAGUUAGAGGAGUCAUGGGGUGCAUAUCAAAGUGACAGUGCCAAGAGAGAAAACAAUGAGCUGGUGGCGAAUUCUGUUGCAUACGCAAAGGCCAGCUUAUGUGUAUUUGAUAGCUCCUGCUCAGAGAGUAUGUUGUCUCAGACUUUAUCCAUUCUUGGUGGCAUGAUACUUAGAGCUAGUUCUGAUGAUGUCGUGGACUCUGUGCUGCAGAAACACAAGGCGUCUAAUAUGGAAGAUCUAUAUCUGCUUGCAUCAACACUGAAGCUGAUGAGCUACUCGAUGUUGCAAGCCAUUCGGGUUCUUAGGAAUUGCAACUGGCAUCAGUCUGAAGCUGUAGGAGAUGUUCGAGCCUGCAAGGAAUACAAAGCCAUGAUGGAUGUUGUUCAACGUUUUGAGCAGUUGAGUGUUCAUUUGCCCGGUCAAAGCUUCCUGCGCGACAGAAAUGCGAAAUCGAAGUGGAUGCUUAUGCAUUUUUCAGGCUUACUCUCUGUAAGCUAUGCACUCAAGCUUGACUUUCUAAUGAAGAACUCCAUUUUUGGAAUGGUGGUAUCUCUGUAUUUACUUAUCCUAGAAGGGGGUGACUUGGAAGCACUUAAGAAUUCAGUUUGUCACUCAGAAAGUCCGUCGUCAUCUUCCAUACCAUCCAGUGGUUCCAAAGACUUGGAAGCUUCUUGUAAUGCUGAGGAGACUGCAGUAGAUAGGAAAUCGAGCGGGGCGGUGGCUUUGAAGUUUCAAAAAAUCCGAACUUUGUACUUGGGGAAGAUGUCUGAAGCUAAAGAUGCAGAGAAUUGUGGAGUUGGUGUGGAAGAGGAAAGCUGCAAUGGGGAGAAAUUUCUGUGGUGUGUGGCCGGAAAAGGCAAGAUGAAAAGCAGCGACGUGGAGGAGUUGGCAGAUUUCAUAGCGUGUGAGCCCGGGAAGGAUUAUUCGGAUUGGCUAAAAGGGAGAGAACGGUUUCGGAAUCAACGGUGGAAGUCGGAGAAGAUUGCUCUCCAAAGGUGGAAUAGGAAGCAAAAAGCAUGGAGAGAGAGCAAAAGGAAGAGUAGCUAAAAACAUAUAUCAAUCUCUUGUAGUAUAAGAGUUAAUUAUGUAAUAUCUGAGAUCAAUGAAAGUAAACUUGUUUAGGUGAGUGAGCACUGAGAA